AGUCGGAUACCUAGGGUUGAUUAUUGCGCAUGCGCAGAACGUUUUGCACGCAACGCAGAAAUGUGCGCCAGUGCAAACCAGAAAGCGGGGAAGCAGUUAGUCAUGAGUUAGAAAAAACAUUAUAUAGUAAUUUGGGUUGGAAAAAGUAGAAAGGAACACGUUAAUGUCCUUCAGCUCUGUUUGGAGGGUUUUUUAUGCGGAGUUUCCCCUUUCAGAGAUGCAAAGGUUCUUUUAUUCUGGGUUGCUUAUGGGAUUCAUCUUGACAACACGGACGAUUUCCGCCGCUGGAGCAGCGACUGUCGAUUGCAGCAACAUAAAAUCAUAUAAAGAAAGGUGCAACGUCACUAAAGAAAGCCAAGGUUUGAGCUGCUUCGGACACAGGACUGCAGAAACCAUAACAACAUACCACUGUUUAUGGAGUCCUGGACAAUACGAUAAAAUUGAUCUUUUCUUAGUGCAGAGGAUAUGUAAGCCAGUGACAAAUAAGACGUUUGGUCCCGGACCGAAUCAAAGCAUGACAGUGUACGCCAUUGCGCAGAGUACCGAUCAGAAAAGAUGCGCCUUCGCGGAAUUCAGCAGCCACCCGUCUCUAAUAAUACGGUGUGGUCCACCUGCCAGUGUGACUUUCAAGAGAGGUUAUGGUCAUUUGAAUGUUACGGCUGAGUGGGAAGACAGUAAGGUGGAAUACUAUCAUUUGAAAUACAGGGAACGCAACAGUACUAUGUGGAAAGAGGUGAAGUCCCACGACAGCAAAGACUGCACCGUGAAGGAUGUUGUCGCUUCGCAAUCGUACGAGAUGCAAAUACAGUGUGUUGCAAAUACUGACUGUCCUCUGUGUCCAUUGAGCAACGUCAUCAGUGUCCCACAAGAAUUGUUCGAUGCACCCGUCAUAAAGGAAACUCACUACGAACUGGUGCAAAAUGGACAGAGAAAAAUAACUGUGAAGUGGGAGUAUGUGCACAGUCACGCAGUGGACGGUUACAAUGUGGCAGUCCAGAAGGCGUCCGGUGAACCUGCUGAAACAAGCAGUUUUUUGCUCAAAGCGAAAACUAUCACUUUGUUUCUGUGCUACUCUGCUUACAAACUCAGCAUCAGUGCCUUUAAUGAAGCCGGACUAUCGCCUGCUGCCCACCUGGACAUAGACACCAUGAAAGAGCAGACUGGUUUAAAUAGCACAUUUAGUGUUAUUCUGAUCAGCAAGAACAACUUCAAUCUUUCAUGGAAUCACAUGCUGUCCAGAAAAUAUCCUUGCUAUUCUGUCGAGUGGUGGGCGAACAAUGAGAAAAUAGCGUACAAGUCCUUCUACGAGAAGAAAAACUACCAUACCGUUGAAACUCAGCACGGUUUAUUUCAGCCCUACAAGAGAUACGACUUCUUUCUGCAUGUGAGACAUGAGAAGGAAACCUGCAAUCUAAAGAAUGUAAAUAACAGCGAUCAAACGUACGGGAGAACCCGGGUCUAUCUUACUGAAGGAACUCCAAUUGUUGCUCCUGGGAAUGUGAACAGCUCUAACAUUACCCAGAGUUCCUUUGUGAUCACAUGGAGCCCUGUGCCUGAGGAGGACUUGCGUGGUUUUCUGCAAGGUUACAUCAUUCACUACACACAAGACAGCAGCAAAAAUAAUAUCACAGUGCAUCCAAACAAGACCAGCUGUAAGCUGACCAACCUGAGAAGUGGAGGUAUAUACUGCGUGCAGGUAUCUGCCUGUACGGCCGCGGGGGAGGGAAAGAGAAGCAAAUCGAUGUGCUUCGAAACGUUGGACUCAGUGGCGAUUGGUGGAAUGUUGGCAGGAGUCACUGCAGGUGUGGUUGCUUUGCUACUCGCCACUCACAUCUGCAUUCGGCUUUUGAAAAGAUCGAAGAAAAUGCUCUGGCCGAGUAUUCCCAACCCCUGCAACAGUAACGCUGUACAGAAAAUUGAAGGCGGUCAGGAACUGGAGGUGAUGGAGCUCAUGUGCAGGCCAAAUCUUGAGGAAACGGAGGUACACGUGUCUGUGUUGGACGGCAAACAAGAGGCACAUUCUGCCUGCAACGCUCAGGACCACACAAAAACUAGCCUUCUGCCUAACGUGGCUCCUCCCUCAGUAGACAAGGUCCCGAUUUCACCUUCUACAACCUCCACCAAAGUAGACUUCAUGCCUGAGCUCUUUUUUUCCAUAGACAGUAAUAAUCCUCAAGACUUUAUAGAAAAACGCCUGUGGGAGCCAGCAACAUAAAGGACUCGCCAAAGGUAUUACCCACCGAGCCCGUCUCCUCAGCUGUAACUGACCCACCAAAGGCUUUUAUAAGUGACUACACCACCAUGGAGCUUUUCCAGCAGAUCAAAAACAGUGCGCCUGUGGCUCCUUCCAGCUCAGGAGCAGCGUCUUCAGAUCCAGAUCAGGAGUACCUUCGCCAGUCGCUCUCAUCAUCCGAGAACGCGAGAGGAACCCCUAAAUCUACUUAUCUCUAAACGCUGGCUUGUAAGAUGAUGAGUUGCGAGUGAAAUCACUGGGUUUGAAGUACAUCAUCUUUAAUAUAUAUAUAUAUAUAUA